AUGUCACCCGAGACGGAGGGAGGCAAGACUGAAAUAGCGACGGAUGUGCACUUGGCAGCUGAAAAAGGCCAAGCCGCUACUGACAGAUAUGGCGUGGCCCUCGUCGAAUAUGAUGCCGAAGCUGAGCGUAAGCUGCGGCUAAAGAUUGACCUGUUCAUCGUCCCAACUGUGGCUCUUCUCUAUCUCUUUUGCUUCAUUGAUCGCGCCAACAUUGGCAAUGCGAGGAUUGCUGGCCUCACGAGUGAUCUCGACCUCGAGGGAAAUGACUACAACGCAAUCAUCUCCGUCUUCUUCAUCUCCUACAUCAUCUUCGAGAUCCCGGCGAGUCUCGCUUGCAAAUAUAUCGGGCCUGGCUGGUUCCUUCCCCUGACGACGGUUCUCUUUGGCGUCUGCUCUCUGGCAACCGGCUAUGUCCAGACUAUGAGCCAGGCAGCCGGCGUUCGCUUCCUCCUUGGAAUCUUCGAAGCCGGCAUGAUGCCCGGAAUUGCCUACUACUUGUCCCGGUGGUACCGCCGUUCGGAGCUGACGUUCAGAUUGUCUUUGUACAUCGUCAUGUCGCCUCUAGCUGGUGCAUUUGGUGGUUUGCUGGCGUCUGCCAUCUUAAAGCUCGAUCACGUUGGCGGCGUUCGCUCGUGGCGCAUGAUUUUCGUUGUUGAGGGCAUCAUUACCAUUGGCCUUGGUCUUCUCGGCUUCCUGACCUUGACUGACCGCCCAGAAACUGCACGCUGGCUCUCCCAGGAAGAAAAGGAUUUGGCCAUUGCGCGUGUCAAGUCUGAGCGGGUUGGUACCACCGCUGUCUUGGAUAGCAUGGACAAGGUAAAGAUUAAGAGGGGCAUUCUUAACCCUGUGACGCUCAGCACAGCCUUCAUAUUCCUCCUGGACAAUAUCACUGUCCAAGGACUUGCAUUUUUUCUCCCUACCAUCGUUGCUACUUUGUUUAAGGGCAAGACAACUAUACACCAACAACUCCUUACCGUGCCGCCUUAUGUAAUGGGAGCUUUCUUUACCGUCUUGUUCCCCCUUCUUAGCUGGCGUCUCGACAGACGCCAGAUAUUCAUCAUCCUUUCUGCCCCCAUGGUCAUGGUUGGAUACGCAAUGUUCCUCGGCUCAACCGACCAAAAAGUCCGCUACGGCGCAACCUUCCUCGUCGCCUCCUCCGCCUUCGCCCUAGGCCCCCUGACAAACGCACAGGUCGCCGCCAACGUUGUCGGCGAUACGGCCCGUAGCGCGGCCAUUGGCACCAAUGUUAUGGGAGGAAACAUCGGGGGCCUCAUCAGCAGCUGGGCGUUUCUUCCAUUUGACGCUCCAAACUACCAUAUCGGAAACGGGCUCAACUUGGCAACGUCGGGGAUGAUCUUGGUUCUGGCUACGCUGACGCUGCUGUGGAUGAAGCGUGAUAAUAAGAAGCGAGGGAGUCAAGAUAUUGAUGCGGCGUUGAGUGGCUUGACGGAUGAGGAAAUCGAGAACUUGGACUGGAAGCACCCUGCUUUCCAGUGGAGAUAUUGA